AUGGAAGAUGAUGAGAAGCAGUGCCUUGGAUUAGUUGUACUGGUUGAAGGUAUUUUGAUAGGCGUGAGUUCAACAGAGAAGAUUCCAUACUACCGCCUAAAAUACGCUUCAGAUUUUGAUCAAUACUACUGCCAACCUUGGGGUAAAGAUGUUUUCGCUAUCAUCUCUUCUUGUGUAUCAAAGAUGGGUCCAGAGACAUGGACAAAAGAACGGUACAACGUCAAAGGAUUCGUUCUGGCAGUUCACUUAUAG